CUCUGCCCAGGGGCAGCAUGCGGGCGCAGCACAGGUUCGUGGCCCUGGCGGCAGCCGCGCUUCUGCUCCUGGCUUUGGUGGCCGCCGACGAGCCGCUCAGCUCCCCAGAGCCCACCUCCCCAGCCAGCAGCCAGACCCCAGAGCCCCUGGCAAAUUCUGAGCCCCUGGUGGCUGGCAAAUCGGAGGCCUCUGGCGAAAGUGAGACUGCAGGCCCUGUGGAGCAAACGACAGGUGGGGCCCCUGUGAGCUUUGCGCAGGACGAUCGAUCCCACACGGAGGAGAUGAAUGGGGAGCUGCUGCACAGUGACGCCUCCAACCUCGGCUCCUUCAGCCUGGACCCCCUCCCUGGAGACGCACCCAGCGGCCCAGCCAUGGAGGAGCCGUCCCACUCCCAGGAGUCCCAGGAAAGCCUGGACCAUGAGGUCGAUUCGGAAGAGGCCCUGACACCCCCAGGCAUGUGAGGACGGCUGCUGCCUCCUCUUCCCUCCCUUCCUGAAGAUCCUGAGGUGCCCUGGGCGACUGCAACGAUCUGCCUGCUCCUGUGGGAUCUAACCCGGAUCCUUUGUCUCGGCCGUUCCCUGGUUCCUGCCACAGCUAGGCCCGGAAUAGGGGUGAUUGUGUGUGUGCAAGUUUGGAAAGAUGACAAUGGCUGCUCGGAGGUUGUGGCUCCCUCCUGUCUUCGCAGAGGCCUCCUGGGCAGAGGCUGCAGAUGCUCUUCCAGCGAAGGGCCAGGAGGCCAUUUGGCCAGGCCUGGCUCCAGAGCUGAGGUGGGGAACGAAGGCCCCUUUGGCACUUGUGGACUUCAACUCCCAGAAUUCCUCAGCCAGCCAUGCUGUCCAGAAGUCAAAAGGGCCAUCGUCCCCCCCCCCCCUUUAGCUCUAAAGCAGAGAGAUGUAUGUGCCCUCCACCCUUCAGCGCUUGGCAGCAGCAACAACACAAUGGGCCUGGGGGGGGGGCGGAAGUAGGUGACCCCCCCCAGGCCAAGACUGCCCCAGGGCCCAUGCAGCCGCCCUUGCCCCCCUCUGCCUGGGGAAUCUCUCCCCGUGGGGCCUCCUGGGAGGAGAGGGGCUGGGGGGGGGUAGCUGAGUCUGCAGACAGAGGCUGCUCCAUUGUCUCUGCUGCCCACUCAUCUCCCUGGCUGGCUCCCCCAGGGGUGGGACGGAAGAGACGGUCCAGGGAGGGGAUGAUGGGCCCAAUCUGCCCAGAGCCUUAAUGGAGGCCUUCUGAGAUGGAAGGAGGAGACCCCCAGGGGGGUCUUUGACAAGUGAGCCCAAAGGGUUUUAUGGAGGGGGGGCAAGAGAGACCUGGCCUUAUUUGGCCCACCGGGUCUGCCCAGAGCCCCCACAGGCUGGGACCUCCAGGGGCCUCUUUCACCUGGUCAGGCGUGUGUGUGUGUGCGUGCUCUAGGUUCCCCCUUGACCCUGUAGAGGUGGUGGUGGUGGUCUCUGCCGUUGUUCCUGCUGGCUGUUCAUUCAGCCCCCCCCCCCUUCUGUAGCCUCUGUAAUCAAUAAAGAUGU